AGAAGGACUUUUUUUUGCCAUUUUUAUGUGGAUCCACGUUCUUUGAUGGUAGUAAUUGUCAGUUGCGCUGAUUGGUCAGAGCAUUGGCCUUUAGGCACAGAUACGUUUUGAAAGACAAUCGGUGGUCCUCAUCAACAAUCUUCGGAUAUAUCGUUCAUCGGGGCCAGGCUAAAUUACACAUCCUAUCUCACAUUUAGGCUGGUUUAUCAGGCUAGUAUUUUACCACACAAUUUGAUUAACGUCCAACAACAUUCACGUUCUGACUUGAUCAAUAUGGCCGCCUUGGACCAACAAACAGGGACGUCAACUGACAAAGGUACUUGCUAGCGGCUGCAAAUUGAAUUUGCUCCUCCUAGUGGUGCUAGACCGUACUACAAGGCGCAUAAAGAGGGGAAAUAAAGGUGGAGAAAUAUGCUUAAGAAGAAAUUACAUUCAACACUCUCUGACGUGGCGGUUGCUCCCAAUCCUAGUGCCCAUGGCUUGAGUCAAUGAUAGAAUAUGUGCAGGCGAGAGUCAGGCUAGACUAGAGUCUUCAUGCUGUAAUUUCCACCAUUGUAGGACAGAAUAGCAUUCCACAAUCGAAAACUAAUUGAAAUAUCAUCUCUAAUUGGCAGUAAGGAGAGCCCCUCUCAAGACCUCUUGGACACCCAAAGAGACAUGGAGGAAACCAAGGACAGUCCUGGGGCAACUGGCACUGAAGAACCGACACAUUCGGGAUCUCCACCUAAAGCCAGAGAACGAGUCUCUGAGGCUCGCAGGGAGCUCAUCAACAGGAUUGGUGAAGCCUCUCUGAAAGCUGUACUGGAUGGCCUUCAGCAGGGCAUCUCUGGCAGGCCUGCUGUGAUUGGGAUGUGGGAGAAAGAUGAGGUUCUGCAAAAACACUGUGUGACUCGGGACCAAGUGAGGUGCCUUGUUGACAUGUUGUGGAGGAAGGGUGAAUCAGCCUGUCAGAGAUUUCUCUCUCUCCUCAGAGAAGAGGAUCCUGCCCUCUUUGAAGACCUCUUUGGUGAGUGGCCAGUCCACAUUCUGGCUAAAUCAGACUGA